AUGGAACAAUACGUGCCAAGGCAUAUGUCAAGAAUCAAAAAGGCAGUUAAUGGUAUAUUACAAAAUCUAUUUCCACCACCUUCGACCAUAACUACACAAACAUCACUAACAGAACAAAAUAAGAGACCACUAAUUAUGAUUAGUUAUUCACAUGCCAAUGCACAAUUUUGUAAACAAUUAGUUAAUGAAUUUAAGAAACAUGAUAAACAACUUGAUAUAUGGGUUGAUUUUAUGUAUUCUCACUUCAUAGAUAUAUGGGAAGAAAUUGCAAGUGCUAUUGAGAAAGCAGAUAUUGUACUGUUUCUUCUGUCAAAAGAUUAUUUCGACAGUAAAUCUUGUCGACAAGAAGUAGCGUAUGCAACAGACACAUUAAGGAAACGAUUCAUACCAAUAUAUAUUGACCAGGGUUAUCAAUGUGGCGGAUGGUUAGGAAUAAGAAUAGCUGGCUUAAAAUAUAUUCGUUUUGGCGAUGGUGAAGAAAAAUUUAAAAAUUCAUUUCGUGAUCUGUUGAAUACAAUUUUAGGUGGUAAUAUAAAAUUGCAAAAUACAAUAACAAAACAUAAUGGCAGCACUCAUUCGAGUUUGAAUACCUGUGAACCUAAAAAUAUCUACACUAAACCAGUUCAUGGAUGGACAACAAGAGAUAUUGCCAACUGGUUUGAUGAUAAUCGUAUAUUGUAUCAAUUGUAUGAACUCUACCAGUUCCAGGAUGGAAAUGCAUUGUUGCUUUACGCUAAAUGUAUAAAUUCUUUAUCCUGGGCAGACGAAUAUCAAGAGGUACAAGAAAGAUUUUCUAAAAAAUAUAAUAAUGAACAAACUUUGAGUCAAAAACAGUUUAUUGCUUUCGUUAAUGCAUUAGUUCGUCUAUAUACAGACACACAGCGUCGGAAAACUCAACUAUAG